AUGAAUUUUCUUAAUAAAACGCUGAAAACUGCCUCUUAAUCUGAACCAGAUUUAUAAUAGUAUUAAGACAUGAUAAAUGGGCUUGAGAAUGUAUGUCAAAAUCAAAGCUGUAAUUUACAUGACAAAAAAAAAUAAGAUAGAAAAAAGAAACUAUAAUAUCAAAUUUUCAAUCUUUCUUUAACCAAAACAACUUUAGCAAGUAUUCAAACUAUGUAUCAAUUUACUAAAAAGUAUAUCAUUAAUUCUAUUAAAGAACUCUUAGAUAAUUAAAUUAAAAUUAAAAAGUAACUAUAAAACAAAAUUUUUAAGAAUCAAUGAAAGAAUAUAAUUACUAAUUAUAUAAAAUUUCUAAAAAUCUACCAAGUAUUUUUAAUACAUAGCAUCUUUAAACCUUUCGAAUAAGUAACUGGUAUGAAAAAAUAAAAUCAACAUGUUUUAAUAAUGAAAUAUAAAAGAAUGAAUAAUUAAUACUUCAUAAUCCAGGUUAGAGGGAUGAAGAUAAUGAUUUUAUAAUUAUAUGA